AUGGCCACCAACGAACAGUUUCCUACCUUCAUCCACCGUAGGCGAAAGCCCUACGUGGCGCAAUUCACCUUCAACCGCAAACUCAGCGUACGGGAGCGAAUCAAACGUUUCAGGUGGUCAUACACCAGCCGCGAUGAGUACGAGCUCGACCAUGUCAUACGGUCACCAGGACGGCCACUGGAGCCAGCAACCAUCGUUUCAACCACCAUCACGCUCGAUGUCAUACGGAAAUAUUGA